GGUUGUGGAACAAGUUUCUGCGGUAACAGAAACCAAAAACAUGAAGGGAAAAAAAAAAGAACAAACUAUCUUCAACACAGAGCCAUGGCUUCAGCAACUUCUACCUAUGCUCGAACGUCCUGCAUUAUCCUUCCCAAAAUCCAAAACAGCACGCAUUUCAGGGACGAUACGAGAGCAUUUAGAAGGAUAACGGCAAGAAGAGUGACGCGUAUAUACGCGUCACAAGGCCCGACAAAACCGCCAAAACCAUCGCCAGGAGUAGACACAAGAAUCCACUGGGAAAGCCCGGACGAAGGCUGGAUUGGAGGAGGAUCCGACCCGACCAAAUCCGUUGAUGAGGACAAAACUAAUCUCCUUAGUGAUGAAAAAUUUGCAGAACUAAUCAAAGACUCUUUUGAUUCUCAUUACCAAUUCUUAGGUGUUUCAACGGAUGCUGAUCUAGAAGAGAUAAAAUCCGCGUACCGGAGAUUAUCAAAAGAGUAUCAUCCAGACACAACUUCAUUACCACUUAAAACAGCUUCAGACAAGUUCAUGAAACUAAGAGAAGUGUACAAUGUUUUGAGCGAUGAAGAGACUCGGAGGUUCUAUGACUGGACAUUGGCUCAAGAAGUCGCGAGUCGUCAAGCUGAGAAGAUGAGAAUGAAGCUUGAGGAUCCGAAAGAGCAAGAGUUUAGGGGCUAUGAAUCAAUACCUGAUAUGGUUGACCGGUUAGGUGGAAGAAACAUGGAGCUAAGUGAUCAAGCCAUGACUGCUCUCACGUUCGAUAUUUUGAUCAUAUUAUUCGCGGUUUGUUGUAUAGUGUUUGUGCUUGUUUUCAAAGAUCCUUCUUACUAGGUAAGGAGCUGGGUAUAUACAAAGAAUAUGGAAGAUUAACAAUUACACGUUAUAGCAUAAACUGAAUUAAACAAG